UUUGUGCUUCUCGUCGGAUUAACAGUGAUAAAAUGAUAAAACGACCCUCCAAUAAGGACAGCGAGAAUGAAAUACUGCGCAUGCAGCAAGAAUUUUACGCGGAGCAAAAUCGGGAUGCAAACUUUCAACCGGCUGCCAAGGUGGUUCGAGUGCAGCGUGACGACCAUCCACCGGCAGUUGGGGCUGGAACAGCCCGGCAAUCCGAAUUUGCACGUCGCCGAGCGGAACGGCAAGCCGCGAAAGAGGCCCAAGUGCCGCAGAAUGAACAAACGGAAAGCGAAAGAGCGACUGUAGAUGAUCCAACCAGUGAGGAGCUUGCAGAGGGUCCCGCAAAGUCGUUUGUGAUGGGAAGCGUCGUUGAACGGGUCUCGGUGGAAUCGUUUCAGUUUAAGGAAACGAUCGCACCGGAAAGCUCCUUUCCUAUAACAAUGCACAUUACUGCGUAUCCCGUUGCAUCGGUGUCGGAUAAGCCCAAGAAAAGUCUCUUCGCUCAAAUGCUCGCUAAGGGUAAUAGUUCGGCAACGAAUGAGUCAAAUUCUAAACCGAAUAGUUCUAUUCGUUUCGAGGAACCAAGCGGAAGCGCUCUGCUCGAGGGAUGGGAUGCCUCGGAGAUUCAUCAGGAAAAUUUACAGAAACUCCAAAAGAUGUCCGAAGAGGAGAUACAAGAGGAACAGAAUCUCCUGCUGAGCACCCUCGAUCCCAAGUUGGUAGAGUUCCUGAAGGCCCGUAAGAAGCCAACCGCAUCGUCGGAAUCGAACCAAUUAACGGGAAGAUCGGAGCUCGAUCAGAAGAUAGCUCAAACCGAGGUUCUUCCCGCUGGGAUGGAGGUGCUGCAGCAGGAAGGCUCUCAGCAGUGGAUCAACUUUAACGUGCUGGAACCGGAGAAACUCGAAUGGACAAAAGAUGUAGAACGCAGCGUUAAGCAGUUGAAACCGGGAGAAUCGUACGAAGCUCGUUUCGAUUGGAAAGGUGUUUUACAGCCAUACGUUCCCGAAGCACCAUUGGGGACGGACAAAGAUGAUCGAGAACUGUAUCUGCAUGGUGAAGAUGCUCAGCGACCCGGCUACACGCUUCAGGAACUGUUUCGCCUAGCUCGCUCCAAUGUACUGCAGCAGCGCAUCUCCGCGCUGGGGGCCAUUGCGGGAUUGUUAAACAUUUUGAAUCAAGGAUUCUACGACGGCGUACUGGAGCUGCCUGUUUCGAAGGUGUUCUUCUUUCUACGCUUUGCUCUCGAUGAAAACACACCUUCGGUCGUUGAGGUAGCUUCGCGUGCCAUGGCCAGUCUGUUCUACAAUGAAACUGACGAGAUUGUUCUGGAUACCAUUUUCGACUCCGAGUACGGAAUGGUUCAACCUGAGAUGGCUCUCAACAUUACGCACGGUCGCGAAGACGGUCAACAGCAAGCAAAGGAACUGCGGGAUGAUUUUAGUGCCUUAAACUUAGGAAGCAACUCGGAAGGGCGCAAUUACGCUCAGCCGCGAAUGAAUCGCCCUCGGUACACUGCCGAGUUGCCCGAUGACGAUCCGGAAGAUGUACACAAUCGUGAAACGAUGAACGAUUUCCAUCUGGCCGAAACGGAUCUGGUCGAGUGUUUGAUUCGCACCAACAUUCUCGAACGGAUACGUUACAUUCUUUUCUCGAUGAAACCGGAAGGUGCCACGGUGAUUAACUGUGUUAAGCUGUUGAUUCGUGUGGCUCGUACAAACGAAGCUAUGGCAAUGAAGGUUGCUUCCAACGAAGCACUGAUCGGUGGGUUGGUGAGAAACUAUCUUACCUCGCUAGAGGGAAACGAUGUGGAUCAUCAACCGCAGGCCAUCGUUAUAAAGCUGUUGCGUGUGUUGUGCGGUUAUAGACGGGAUUUCUACGAACGCUAUCUGUCCCGAAACCACGCAAUCAAUUUGGUGAAGCGAUACAUUUUCUGCAGAAAAGACAUUGAUAUAAAAAUGAUCCAGGUUCAGAUUGAAUCUUUCCGCUUCUUCCGGCUGCUGUUGCAAUGCAAACCGAGCGAUGAACUAUACAGCGAACUGUGGCCGGCAUUAUGCUACUUGAUCGAGUGGCACUACCAGUAUCUCGUUUUCGACGAAAGUGGACCAUUCAUCUUCCGACAGCAUGGUGUCGCCUUGUUAGCCCUAAUUGGUCCCGGAUUGCAGCGGGACUCGACCAGCAGUGCUGACCCAGCUCAGCUGUCCAACGAACGCACUCGGCACCGGCAACUUUGUGACAAACUGUUCGCCUGCUUCUCGAAAUGGUUCACCGUGGCGCUGCGAACCGGAGCUAACGAAUUUUCACAAAAGCUGCUUCUGGGUGGAUGCUUGUGGACCACGAAAAAGAUGCGCCUGCUAGACGAAAAAGCGUUUGAAACGUUCCUGGAACGCUACCUUGUACCGUUCAUGCGAAGUGAACGAUUUCAAGCAAUCAUAGCAACACUAGGAACCGACUCAUUGAUCCUGAAGCAGCUGGAUGGACAAACGCAUCGUAUUCCGGCGCUACCAUCGCUUGGCGCUGUACAGCUGCACCAACAUCAAAGCAUUCCCACGCUCAUCGUAACACGAACGUACCCAAUCUUCCUGCUUCACGGCUUGCUGCAUCUAUUACUGGAGCUCGAUACCGACCCACCGGGCUUGGCGUUAUCGGCCGGAUUGGCCGGUGAAUUGCAAAAUCACUUCUGGAGAAAUGCUUCUCAUUCGCAGUACAUCGCUCGGUUGGCAUCGUUUUCAUCAAGCAGCACAAAAACGGAGCAAAUGAAACAAUUGCCAACUGCUUCCGUUGACGGAGAUGACGGUGAUGCUGCGUCCAUUUGCAAUUGGUUUCGACAGACCAUCGAGUUGCGGUACGUACUGGAUGUGCUACAGCUAAUGGUCCGCGAGACACGAGCUGACCCCAGACGAGACGUGCCGUCACAGGUAGAUUCGGUUGUUAAGGAAGCGACCAGCACCAACGAUGAAUUGUUGCUUCGACUAGCAUUCUUCGUAACCUUCACGUUGAGUGAAGCGUUCUACCAAGAGUUGCUAAAGCUUUUUGAUGGUAUUAUUUUCGUGAAACGUUACUACGGUAACAAUGGACCAGCGGAUUGUCCAUCCGUUUCUCAGGCGGAUCUACAUCGAUGGAAGCUGAGCUACACGUUGCUCGCCGAAAGCAAUAUGGCGAAUAGUGAGAAGAUGUCACCAAGGGAUCACGGCAACGAAUUUACGAUGGCUGAAUGGAAGAAACCACUGCUAGCACGUACCUGGCCAUACAGCCCGCUGUACUUGAUGGUCGAGAAGCUAGAAAAAGGCUCCAAUAAUAGCAGGAAGGAGAUGGCCCUGUUCAACGAAGCAAACAUUUUGGAUAUGGCGCUUCGAUUUACUGAACUCGUCGAAGCGGUCGGUAUCGAUUUGGCAGAUUGCACUGAACGGUUGAUGUACCUGAUAGCGGCCUUCCUCGGUCCUGAUUCGAAAUUUCUUCAACCGGAUUUCACCCCACUGAUUGAUAGACGGAUUGCAGCACUGCGUACCGAAACGCGCAUGGCUAACCCACGCCUAUCUGUGUUCAAUUUUGAAGCGGCAAGGAUGGAAAACAAGAAAAGCUUUUAUGCUCUCUAUCUGCUGGCGUUAGAUAUUUUUCAGAGCUCCAGCUACGGGCACGCCGGAUUUGGUAGUUUACUGAUGGCACCACUGGCACAGAAGUACGAGGUGCGCUGGAGGAAUAUGGUUUGGUCGGAGUACGUCGCCGUUUUACGUUUCAUCACCUGCGGCGCCGAAGAGCUUUUCGAUCAACUUGAUGCUUAUCUUACACCAGAGGAAACCGAUACGGUACUGUUGCGAUCCUACGGUCAAGCGCUGAACUCCAACCUGCUGCGGGUGGGAUCGAUACCACAUCAGGUGGCUAGCCAUCAUGUGGAGGCAUUUCGAAGACGUCCAAAGGCGAAUGAUCCGGUGGGCGAAUCAAAGUAAGCUACGUGAACAACUGACCCGAAGUGUUAAUCACGAGACUGUUGCAGACCAUUCAUGUGUGAGAGAAGGCGUCACGUUUGUAAUAAAAUCAAUUGAAAUCAA